AUGGGUUCCUUGGACAUGGCGUAGGUGGCGCAACUCGCACGUGUGUCGGAAAGGUUGUCCCGAAUCGAAUGACAUUGAGGAGAUCUCCUGUGCGGAUAAUGAUGGGAGAAGUGCCAGACCUGUUGUUGCUGUUCCGCUCCCUGCCGACGUCUACUCUGCGGCCAUUCUACCCUUCUUACCUCUGGAUGAUGCUGUGAAGGUUCGCCCCACCAGCAGGACGCUCAGCAAAGCCGUCGAUGAGGCCUUCCUGAUGCGCCACAUUGGCAGAUGCCUCGCACAGCAGCGGCUGAACGGCCUCGUUGAUGUGGAGAGGAACACACAGCCAGCCGCUCCGUCCCUUUUCCGCUUUGGGAAUCUAUGUCGGUGCGCUCACAUAAUCGACAGGGCGGCUGGGUGGCGCCACAUGGCCACUGUGGUGCGGCUGGCGAGUGCCUGUGGUGCGGUGAGGGGCGGCCGGCUGCCCCUGGUAAUGUCGGCUGAGUGGCUCGUGGCGCAUUAUCUGCCCGACACAGCGACAUCCGACGGGCGGCCGAGGGGGGCGACCAAAGGCUCACUCAGAUACGUCCGGGCAGUGUGGAACAUGCUGACAGGUGGCAGUGACACGUCAUCCGAGAGUGUGGCCAUCAAGCAGACGGACAGUGAGGAGGAGGUGAAGCUCAUGACCUACUGGCCUGAGCAGCUGCAGCACCGCUGGUUUUGGUUUGAGCUGUUCUGUUGGCUCUGUUGUCCAUCCAUCGUGGCGGCGUUCAUUGGCGGUGCCCGCGUGGCCAUGCAGCGCCCUUUUAACUGGAUCGGUGAUCUGCUGCUGUUCCUGUGGUUCCUGGCGAUGAUGAUCUUUCCUUUCUCGGCCGCUGGGCUCAGGAUGCUCGAGGAUCUCGAGGGCCCGCAGUGCUCCAUGCCUUGGCUGACCAUCGGCGGGAAGCGAUUCCGCGUCGUUCCACGGGAAGAGAUGUGCAGGUGGCACCCUUUCUGGCGAGACUACGACGAAUUCGACCCGCCCAUCCGCUGCGGCCAAUGGUUGUAUCCCUCCUGCACGUCAUUCAUCGCCUACACGUUGCUGGACAGCCUGGAAGUAAGGCAGCGGAUGACGCAUCUAUACUCGAUAAGCGCUGACCAUUGGAAGCCGCUGUACCUUGGUGACGCUAACCAUUGGGAGCCGCUAUACCUUGGUGACAUCACUGGGGUCGCUGGGGAGGCGGACAUACUUGCUACGUUUGAGGCGCCGCAAGACUUCGGCAGGAUAAAGCGUUUCGAGGUACAUCCGGUCAGGUUUUCGAGGAAGAUCGUGUUCCUCCUAGGAGGGUCCGGUGGACCUAUUGUGCUGGUCAUUUUCGUCAGUAGCCUUUCCGUCAACGACGGGCCUUCUGUCAACGACGGAAAAGUUUGGCGGGUGGACACCAGUGAGGAGCCGGUGGCUGGUGGCCGGACUCUCGACGAGCGUCUCCCCGUUACUAUGGCUCGGCUGAAGCGGUUCCUGUGGCGAUACGGUGGUGGGGUGGACUAGCUAGCUGAGUGGGGUCAUUUCGCCAAGUGUAUAUUGUGCAGCGCGUGUGUGAGUAGGUAGCUAGGACUGCUGCUGGAUCGGGGGCGGGUGCUCGGCUGAGUGUGUCUCGAGGAACAGCCAGGCCUUGAGUUAGUUAUUUGGAGGACAGAAAGUGUCACUCGAGCAGGACACGGCUCACAAAGGAAUCAAAAGAAACUCAUCAACGAACCAAACCAUUCACGGAAGCGAAUGAAUUGAAGCGCAUUAGUGAGAAGUCUGAGUCCAACAUGUAACGAUCCAAUACAAUGCGCUUCCAUGUGCGUACGUAUAUGUCCACAUAUGCACUUAUCUACAUAUACACAUAUAUACACAUCGACACGCAUACGCAGUGCCAAAAAGGACAUCACAUG